AUGAAGAGCAACGCACACAACUUGAAGACCAACAGCACUGCAAACACAAAAGAAUUAAACAAACGAGCGCACGAUUUGCGAAAUCUAUUUGCGAGUGUAAGAGUAACCCCUCAAAUGCGUAAGUCAAAAUCAAGAAGCCAAUCACCCGGCCGUUUAUAUACCAAAGGAAAGACGCUAGGAAGAAGGGCAAAUUCAAAUAUUGACGAAGCUCUCGACGACAAUGUGAAUUGGAGCUCGCCCGACCGACGCGAACGCCAGUAUUUUCACAAUAAACAGCGAAUAUUUGGAGUGUUGAAAAGUGCAGUCGUCAGCCCUCCUCUGCGCAUUAUGACUAACGAAGCAGAGGGUCCCGCGCGAGGGCCGCUCAGUCCACCGAACUGCAAUAAGAGGAUACACCCUUCAUGUGUGGUGCAAGUCAUCAGCAACGACGGUCUGAAGACGGUCUAA